UUGCGAAACUUAAGGUUACACAUAACAGCGUUUCGGUCGAGUGCUUUUGGAUUAGUUUCAGGUUAAAUAUUUUAGGUAUAAAGAGAACUAUUGCGGUGAAUUCUGUUUCUUCAUCCCAUGAUUCAUUAUCUUCGUAUUCUCAAACUCAUUCAGAAACAGAGACAACUCAUUCUUAUGAUCAUCUUACGGGUGGUAUAAGUAGAACUUCAACACCCUCACAAGAAACUGAUACAUCAACUUUAAUGACGCAGACCCCACCACAUAUAGGAAUUUAUAUGCUUCCAACUGAACCUCCACCUUCCCAACCUCCAUCGACUUCUUUACCAAUGAAUCGAAAUAAUAAUGAUGAUUGGCCUCCACCUCCAAAUUAUCAAUCCGAGCCACCACAAUAUACUCCCCCUUCCACUAAUGAAAUUAGUUCUAAAAAUAAUAAUUCAGAUGCUACACUUGAAGCUGGAAAUUCAAAUUAUAAUGACGAUGAAUUAAAACCAAAAUUGCAAACUGAUAGAUCAAUUAGAAUGGCCUUUGUGAGAAAA